AUGGCGUGGGAUCAGCUGUCCAUCAACAAGCCGCAUCUGGUCUACAUCAUACUGGGCGGCUUCACCAGCCUGUUCAUGUUGUGCUCCUCCGUCAUCAAGGAGCGAUUGUACAUCGGCGAGGCAACUGUCGCAACGAUAUGUGGUAUCAUAUUUGGACCGCAUGCCGCCAACCUGAUCAACCCAAUGACCUGGGGCAAUACCGACCAGAUCACUCUCGAGUUCUCUCGGAUCGUGCUGGUCGUCCAGUGUUUCGCCAUUGGAGUUGAAUUACCAAAGGCGUAUAUGGAGCGUCACUGGCGCUCCGUCGUCUUCCUUCUGAUACCGGUCAUGACUUUCGGCUGGCUUGUCACAAGUCUGUUCAUCUGGGCCGUAUUCCACGGGCAUCUCGACUGGCUUGAGAGUUUGACAGUGGCUGCUUGUGUCACAGCUACUGAUCCUGUCCUCGCCUCGUCCGUGGUCGGCAAAGGCAAGUUUGCAAAGCGUGUGCCAAAGCAUAUGCGAGAUCUCUUGUCGGCUGAGUCUGGCUGCAACGAUGGAAUGGCAUUCCCGUUCAUCUAUCUUGCCUUGUACAUCUUACACUACAAGCCAGAUGGUGGACACAUCCUGUUCCACUGGGUGUGCUACACUAUCCUGUACGAGUGCGUAUUUGGCGCCUUCUUUGGCGUGAUGGUGGGCUACAUUGCACGACGCAUGAUCAGAUACGCUCACGAGAAGGAUUUGAUCGAUAGGGAGUCAUUCUUGGUCUAUUACUUUGUCUUGGCUCUAUUUUGUGCUGGAGCUGGAUCCCUCCUUGGCUUGGACGACUUACUGGUGGGCUUCGCUUGUGGAGUUGGCUUCAGUAACGACGGAUGGUUUACCGAGAAGACCGAAGAGUCGCACGUCUCCAACGUUAUUGACCUGCUCAUCAACUUAGCAUUCUUCGUCUACUUUGGCACGAUUAUACCUUGGGAGCAAUACAACAUCGGCACCCUUGGCCUCGAUGUAUGGAGACUCAUCGUCAUUGCUCUUCUGGUACUGUUUUUCAGGCGAAUCCCGAUCAUGCUCGCCCUCAAACCAUUGAUACCGGACAUUAAGACCUGGCGAGAGGCUUUGUUUGCUGGACAUUUCGGGCCCAUCGGCGUCGGUGCCAUCUUUGUGGCGAUUCUUGCAAGAGCAGAACUGGAAACAGACUCGACGACGCCGCUUGCAGUGUUGCCGCCAGACUCGACGCCGGAGUACAACGUCAUCUACCUCAUCUGGCCCAUCACCACGUUCUUGGUUGUGGUCUCGAUUGUGGUCCACGGCUCAUCUAUCGCCGUAUUCACCCUCGGCAAGCACAUCAACACAUUGACACUGACUAUGUCAUACACCCAAGCGAAUGAGCAAUCUUGGAUGGAUCGUCUGCCUCGCAUCCAGUCCAGAUCCAAGAGUCAAAUGUCGGCUCAGUCUUUCGAUGACGAAAAAGGCGAAUCUGGUUAUCUGCAGCCGGGCACUUUCUUACGAAGACAGAAGGAAGAGGACAAUCCAAGCCGUGCACAAAGCAGAGCAUCGUCGCGACGUCGAUCACGGCAUAGCAAGAGUAAGAGCCUGACAGGAAUGUUUGGUCCCGGCGGGCCUAUUAGUCAGUCGGCGAUCGAACCUUCGAAGAAGAGAGACGAAAGCCCAGAGCGAGGUUUCAACAGGAGCGACUCUGACACCCUUGCUGUGAAGAGUGAUCCUCCCUCGGAUGACAAAGCAUCACCCGCUGAAGACGCUAGCGGCUCCGACGUGGAGAAGAAGGACAGUUCCGGCGAGAUCUACGAAGAAGGUCAAGAGACGGUCUACGAGGACGAAGAGGGCAACGUUUUGGAGAUCGAGCCAAGUGGAGGCCAGCAAGGCAAGAAGCGUGAAGAGCACGAGCUUCGUGAAGGCCGCAGGCUCAUGCACAAGGAAGCCGCCGACAAGAAUCAUGGUGUGGCACCGACUCAUGACGAUCCAAAGACUGACUCUGGCCGUGAAGCGGUCAACAAAAUGGAGACUGGCAAAGGCCAUGUGCUCGGCGAGCCGGAUAGUAAAGCUAAGCAAAGACCCGGCAAGGGCUGGCGAGAAGGCUGGAAUAAAAUGAGCAAGAUGAGCAGCACCGCCAUUCGUGGUCGUGACGCCGCCACGAAAGCGAAGAAUCAGCUUGAGCACAAGGAGACCAGGGGUCCUGCUCGAGCAUACCAGUACGGCAAUACUAUCAUUGUAGAAGACGAGGACGGUGAAGUCAUUCGAAAGUAUGACAUACCGGCGCCGGACAAGAAGGAGGGCAAUGUUGAGCAUCCCAGCAAGACCAAUGAAAGAAUCGGGAGAAUGGGCAAGAUGCUUGGUCUCAGCUCUAAGGAAGCAAAGGCGGAGGCUGGUGCUCCAGGACCUGAUACUGCGAACGCUGAGGCAGGUCCUGUAGAUUCGAAGGCAUCCAUCAUGAAGCCUCUUCAGGAAGACGACAAUCGCGUACGUUUUGUGACUCAGGGAGGUCGACGCAUGAGCAAGGCAGAGUUCAUCACUCAGAUCCGUAGCAUGGAUCCGAAGUCGCGAGUCGAAGCUGUGGAGGACAGUGACGUGCCAGAGGCUGUCAAGCGUGAAGCCCGAAAAGAAUCUCGCGAACAAGCGCUGCCUCCUACACCGCCACGCGGACGUGAACAGUCAGUUCAAGUCAAUCCAGUCCCAACCGUUGCCGAACGACCAGAGGCCGAAAGUCAAGCAGAAAACGCAGGCGAAGCGAUCCGGCCAGCACAGGUCGAGCGGACUGCGACGAGCGAGUCGACUGACCUGAAGCUAGUGACAUCUCAGGAUGAGGAAGUGCCUGUGCAUGACAUAUCCUCAGACCUUCGCGACCGACGCACUCAACGUCAGGGUGAAGGCGGAGCUGAGAGGACUGAGACUGCUGCCGAGCGGCGAAGACGCCUAGCAGCCGCGCGACCUGUCGAGGACUCUGACUCUGAGGACGAUGGCACAGACCGCAUACCGCCAGCGAGACGGCAUGGUGCCUCGAGCAACUCACCACCAGCACAGGCGGACCGCAUGACUGCCGACACGGGCGAGACCGCUGCAGAGAGGCGUCGCAGAGAAGGUGCUCUAGGCAUCACUGGAAGAGAUGACAGUGACAGCGAGGAUGACGAUCAGCCACGAGAAGCACCGCAGACGAGGUCGAACAUUCGCUUUGCGGAUGAGUCUGCCACGCAACAGCAGCCACAGCGCAGAUUACGAUGGGGAAAGGACGUAAGACAAUAG